CGGAGCGGGGCCGCCGGGCCCGGGCUGGCACGGCGCUGGAAUGAUCCCUCCGGCGGGGCCGCCGCCGCCGCCACCACCGCCGCCGCAGCGCCGCCCGACCCACCGCCACAGACAGGCCCCGGCCUCGGCCUCGGCCUCGGCUUCGGCCCCGGCCCCGGCCCCGGCCCCGGCCCGCCGCUGCUCCGCGCUAGGGCCCCGCCGCCGGCCCCGGCCCCGCCGCUUUGUGCCGCCGCAGCGCCGCGGGGAGCGGGGAAGAUGAACUACCUGAACGUGCUGGCCAAGGCGCUGUACGACAAUGUGGCCGAGUCCCCGGACGAGCUCUCCUUCCGCAAGGGCGACAUCAUGACGGUGCUGGAGCGCAACACGCAGGGGCUGGACGGCUGGUGGCUCUGCUCCCUCCACGGCCGUCAGGGCAUCGUGCCGGGGAACCGCCUCAAGAUCCUGGUGGGCAUGUACGACAAGAAGCAGCAGCAGCAGCAGCAGCAAGCGGCCGGCACGGGGCAAGGACAGGCACCGCCGCAGCCCCCGGUGCCGCAGCCCGCCCUGCCUUACCACCACCAAGGGGGCUACGUCCCGCUGUCGCCUGCCUCGCAGUACACCCCCAUGCACCCUGCCUACGCGCCCCAAGGGGACAACGUCUACCUGAUGCCGGUCCCUAGCAAGGGACAGCAGGGCCUCUACCCGGGCUCGGCGCCCACCGGACAGUUUCCCCCGGCCCCGGCUAAGCAGUCGCCCGCCUACCCGAAGCAGACGCCGCCCCACGCCUUCCCCAGCCCCGGGCAGGAGAUCUACCAGGUGCCCCCGUCCCUGAGCCAGGCGGCGGACGCGUACCCCGUGGGCUCUGCCAGCCCCCCCCAGGAUAUAUACCAGGUCCCUCCCUCGGUGGGCCAGGCUCAAGACAUCUACCAGGUGCCCCCGUCUUUGGACAGCCGGAGCUGGGAAGGGCACAAGCCCUCGGGAAAGGUCCUGCUGGUCCCUUGGUGUGGGCAUUAUUUAGGGCACGUCCACGGAGAGGCUUCCCCCUUCUGGCAGGCCGUGCUGUGA